AUGUUCUUUCAGUGGGCCGUCGAUACCGCCAAUGAGGAAGAAGCAUGCAAGGAUAUAGAUUGUGUGUUUGUGUCAGACUUUUUCAACAAAAGGGUGAACGAUCCACCUACCAUGCCUGGGUUGGACGCCUCCCACCAGCAAGUUCCUAUGCAGCGAGUGAUGGAGUCGCUGGGUAGUGAUACGAACCGACAGAACUUUGCCAUCCUUUGGGGAAGCGUCAAUCUCAACAAAGCACAGUUGUGGCAAAACCGCAAAGCAAGAGCAGACAACACAUGGGAGGAUUACGCCACCAAUGACUUGAACAAGGCAACUGAAGUGAUUCGAGAUUCGAUCGCCGUCUAUCAAUAUCUCAGAGACUCGAAGAUGUGGGGCAAGUUCAAAGCGAUCAACAAAGGCGUCCGUGCAGAGAUGCUUCGUGCACAGGAGCAAUAUAACAAGGACAACGACAAGGAUUCAAAACUGCAGGAUUGUUGGGAUGCGUGGUUGAAACACAAACUUGGCGAUGACGGCAAGAAGUGGGUGACAGACGCGAUGGAGGACUUGAAAACGAAGCACAAGCCAGAGGACAGCAGCGAGGAUGACCCCCUUGGGCAUGAGUUGUACGAUGCGUUGACGACGAUCCUGGAUCUUCUGGCAACGGAGGCAGGUGAGGCCAUCAAAAUCUCCAAUUUCGAUCUGGGGCUUGAUGAUGAUGCAAUGGACACCUCGGAUUGA